GGUACAGUCGUUAUACUGGCAAGGGGCAGCCAAAUAUUUGACAAACUAGCCGCAAAUCGUUUAGCUUAGCCAGCUAAGAGUUAAAAUAAUAUACCGAUUAAAAAAAGAACACGCAUUUCAUCACGUUUGACCCGCUUAGGUAUUUGUUAACGAUUUGGGUUUCCAUUUAAUCAAGAUGUCAACUCCAGCAAGACGACGUUUAAUGAGAGAUUUUAAACGGCUGCAAGAGGACCCUCCAGCUGGAGUUAGUGGAGCCCCAUCAGAAAACAAUAUCAUGGUAUGGAAUGCUGUCAUUUUUGGACCUGAGGGAACACCUUUUGAAGAUGGAACCUUCAAACUUACCAUUGAAUUCACAGAGGAAUAUCCAAAUAAACCUCCGACAGUGAGAUUUGUCUCCAAAAUGUUUCAUCCAAAUGUGUAUGCAGACGGCAGCAUAUGCUUAGAUAUUCUUCAGAAUCGUUGGAGUCCAACCUAUGAUGUGUCUUCAAUCUUAACUUCAAUACAGUCUUUACUGGAUGAGCCAAACCCAAACAGUCCUGCCAACAGCCAAGCAGCCCAGCUCUACCAGGAAAACAAACGGGAGUACGAGAAAAGGGUUUCUGCUAUUGUUGAACAGAGUUGGCGUGACUGUUGACCCCCGUUGUCGUUGGGAGUAUGAACAGUGUCCAGCCCAGAAACAAGAAAACACUGAUCAAGAAAAUUGACCGAUCUCACCAAAAUGAAAUGACACAUCUUAAUAAAAUCCUUUGGUAUAUUUGUCCCCCUAACUGUUGCAAAGUUUGUAUGCCGUUGUGUUGUGGCAUUCACUCCUGCUGAAUGCUGUUGUUGGGCAAUAGCGUAUGUUUGGUAAAAGUUAAUGUACCUUGUUAUAUCCGGGUUACUUGCUACAUGCCCCAACGUUUUGUUUCUCUCUUCUCUCAGCCGUCACUUUUCUACCCAUUUAUUCAUACAUGAAGUAAUGUGGUCGGAUGAUAGGGCGACAGAUACUUAGAUGUGCUUGCUGUGUGGUUUGCUGUGUAGAUACUGGCAGUUCAUAUUUACAAAAAGCAAAGCUGUUCUUGGGUGUUUUGGGGCUCACUCUUCUUGGUUUUGUCUCUGCCUGUCAAAAGCCUUUAAGAGGGAUUGAAAAUUAACCUGGCAUAGACAUCUAUCCCUCUAACAACUCAGCAGAUGCCUUUUGGGGGUCAUUUUCUCUCUCAGCUUUUCUUGUAAAGCCAUGCCUUUGAUUUAAAAGGAAAAUAAUCUAAACACAAAUGUCCCUCUUCAAUACAGAGAAAGGAUAUUUCGUACCCUGUCCAAGCACUUAACUUGGUUUCAUAAUGCUGACUUUUUAAAGCUGUGUAAACAUUUCUAUGCUAUUUUACAAUCUUGGAAAUCAGCUGCCAUGAAAAGCUGAUUACACUGUUUUAAACAGGAUGGUGUCCAUUUUCAGAUUAUAAACCUUUGCACCGGUAACCCAUGUAACAAACUGUACAUUUUCUUGUAAAUAAAAAUAAAUAUACACCAUU